GUCCGGCUGGUUAACCGUAAAAGGGGGAUGGCCGUCGUGGAUCUAGCACCUGGCAACCCUCUCAGCUCGAGCCCAGCACUGUAAACAAGCGGAGGACCCUCAGCGUUUAGCUAAAGCUACAAGACCCAACGUUCCUCUCUGACAAACAGUUGAAGUUCACUUGAAACCCACCAUUUAAUGUAAAUACCUACCCAUGGACCAGUGCAGUGUCUUCUCCACCCCAGUAUCACUAUUGGAAGUGCAACAUGAAUGACAAACUAGUCUUCUUGGGCUUGCUGUACUUUGUCCAGGGCAUCCCCUAUGGUCUCCAGUCCUCUCUGCUUCCUGUAUACCUGCGUGGAGCUGGACACUCUCUUACACGCAUUGGUUUCACCAAAAUCCUCUACUUUCCCUGGGUGCUUAAGGUACUCUGGGCCCCUUUAGUUGACCGUGUGGGCACCAAGCGUCGCUGGCUGGUGGGGACAGUGUCUGGGCUUGCACUGACAUGCCUCUCCAGUGCUGCCCUGGCUCCAGAAGCACACAUCUGGGGAGUGGCUGGAACUCUGCUUGCCAUGAACACCUUCGCCUCAGUACAAGACAUUGCUGUAGACGGGGCUGCUGUUGGGUUGUUGAAAGGACGCGGGGAGCUUGGACUGGGCAAUACAGCCCAGGUUGUGGGAUAUAAAGCUGGAUCAGUGUUUGCUGGUGGGGGGCUCCUUGCUGUGAUUGAUGUAGCUGGAUGGAGCUGGAUGUUUAUGCUGCUGACAUUUGUGUAUGCAGGCGUAGCUCUGUUUGUGUGGGGGGCCCCUGUGCUGGACGAUGAGAAUGUGAAACAGGCAGAUGGCAGCAGGAGGGUUGGGCAGGGAGCAGAGGCUGUGAGGCCAUGGAGGGUAUGGAGAAAGCUGAUGGCAGUACCUGGUACACCUUGGACAAUCCUGUAUGUCCUUACAUACAAACUAGGUGAGCAGGGUGCCGUCACCAUGUUUCCUCUUUUUCUCCUGGAUCACCACAUGACAGCCAGGGAGCUCGGUUUCUGGAACGGCGUGGUCGCCAUGGGCUUCUCCAUCUGUGGGUCCUCUCUGGGAGGUCUUCUGCUCGCCCAGUUCAGCAUCGGGGCUAUGAUGCGUCGGGUUUUCGUGCUGCGAACCAUCAGCAUGGUCUUCCAGAGUUCCUUACUUACAGUACUAGAACCUUCUCCGCUUAUGAAAGGAAUGGCAGUCCUGAGCAUGAGCGUUCAACACUUCCUGGGUGGUCUCAUCACCACGCUCACCUUCACUACCAUGAUGCAUUGCACCCAGAGGGCAGAGGAAAGCAUUCAGGCCACCCACUAUAGUUUCCUGGCUACUCUGGAGGUUCUCGGGAAGCUGAUGUUCAGUGCUUUGGCCGGUGGAGUGGUGGACUGGUUUGGUUUCCAAGUGGCCUUCCUCUUCUUCCUCACUCUGUCAGCUGGAACGGCCCUGCAUGUAUGGACGGCCACCUUCACCGGCGCCCUCAGGGAGAAUCAGCUCAAAGAGCAGCCCAAAUGAGAUCCAUCUUAAAAAGUUUUCAUUCAGGGCAAGUCUAGGUGCAUUACUGAGAGGAAAAUCUUUGUUUUUUGACUACCAGUCGUAUCUUAACUAGCAAUUUUGUCUUAUAUCAAAAGUCUUAAAUAUCAGCCAUUCUUUGAAGGAAGAAAAAUAACUUCUUUCUUUUUUAGUACUCUGUGACCGAGUGCACUUUUCAUAAUCAUUUCAUGGGCUAAGGUGGCCUUAUAUUUUAUUUAUUUUAGCUUUGAGCUUAUCUAUUGUAAUUAGAUAAUGGACCCUCUGGAAAAAAGCCUCAAUUUCAGGUAUUUUUACUUCGAUUAUGAUCGAAGCAGUGAAAUUGGUAAUUAGCUUGAUGAAAGAUAAUUUAUUGUGUUUGGUAGAGACAUUUUAAUAUAUGAUGAAAGGUUCAUAGUAGCUGAAAUUAAGAGUAUAUCAAAACUUAAUCUGUCAUCUGAGCAAAUUUAUGUUUAUGUCAGCAAUAAGACCUGCAGCCAACAGCAAUAGAGCUUCUGUGUUUUGGUCAUACUGUAAUGUAUGUGAUCUCCUGUGUUUCAGUGUUUACACUUGUCAACUCGUUAAUCUCUGCUACCUCAACCCUUUAGGAAAUUACGUAGAUGCACAGAACAUAUAGGAUCUGCCCAAGCUUGGAGUGCACACAUAGACAUCUAACAAUAUGUGACUCAAAACAAGGCAGUUGCAGUUUGUCUUCAGAAAGACAAAAGUUUUUUUUUCCAUCUCAUAAACCAUAUAUUACUAAGUAAAACCCUUAUGUUGUGUAAUCCUAUAAGUGUCAGAGUAAACUGUACUCCUGUAAGAAAAGGCUGCCUUAAACACUGCGUGGUGCCAUCUUGUCUUUUUUGACCAGAUUCAAUAAGAAAGUCAGCUCUCACAAGAAAAACUUGAAUGAUGGGACAUGCUUGGAAUUUACCGUUCUAAAUCGCACUGUAUUAUUUCUUUUUUUUACUUUUUAAACAUGUUAAAUGUAAAAUAUCUUAAAUGGCUUUCCUUGCUACUGUAUCACAUUAGACUGGUCCCUCAAGUAAAGGAUUAGAAAUUGUUUUGUCGCAGCAGUCUGUGUAAGAAUACACUGGUUUCCUUUGAGUGGAUUUUGCUAAAGGAAACAUUUUGCCACCUGCUUUCUCUCACAUUGAAAGGAAAAAAAAAAACAAUGACAUUACAUAUCUGAUAAUGUAGCCAUGUCCAGACUUGUAGAGUUUGAGAGGCAGAGGACAUCUUUUGUCUCUCAGCUACUGUGUUGCCUGAAAUUUGCACAAAAAUAAAGCUGCU